AUGAACACCGCAGUAAGCGGAGUUCCAAUAUUCCUUGGAAUUACUCUGAUGCUCCAGCUUCUACACCUCGGAUGCAGUCAAUUUCUCGAUCCAGCCUGCGGAAUCCGAACAGAAUCAAAAAUUGUACAAAGGGUCAUUAAUGGCCAAAUAGCGACAUAUAACUCGAGUCCGUGGAUGGUAUUUCUCAAAUCAACUGAUGGUGCUUUCGUAUGCGGCGGAACGUUGAUCACAAACAGGCUGGUACUGACUGCGGCGCACUGCCUUCAACGGAACCAGACAUUAUUUGCGCGACUGGGGGAGUACAAAAGAAGUGCCAAGGACGGCGAAUGCGUUGGAACUUACUGCCAUGUUCGAGUGAAGCACAAAGUGGACGGGGCCUUCAAGCCUCGGCGAUUCGAUAGCAAAAUGCUGUGGAACGACAUAGCCAUUCUGCGACUAGAAAAACCUGUGGUUUACAGAGCUAACAUUAGGCCCAUCUGCAUAUUGGUGAAUACCAAAUGGAGGAAGUACAUCGACAGCAUCCCGAUACUAACCGGAACUGGAUGGGGCAUCACCGAGGACGGAAACGACAGCGAUUUCCUCAGGACCCUGGACAUACGGCGCCAACCGCCACAGGUGUGCCGCCAGUAUAUCGGUGCAAAUAUCGUGGGGAAUCAGUUCUGCGCGGGAAACAGGAACAGCAAUCUGUGCAAUGGCGACUCCGGUGGUCCUCUGGGCGCCUUGGUGCCCUAUAAGAACUCGAAGCGCUACGUCCAAAUCGGCAUUGCCAGCUUCACAAGGCGAAAAUGCGAGUAUGCCAGUGUGUACACGAAUGUUAUGAGCCACAUCGACUUCAUUCUCAAGGUGUGGCGUAACUUCGGCAAUGGUCAGAAAAAUAGACCCCAGAUCAGACCUUCAACGCGAGCACCAAAUCUAACUCCAACUCGACCACCAACCCGACCACCAAUCCGACCACCAGUUAGCCCACCCAUCCCACCACCAAUUAGCCCACCCAUUCCCCCACCACCAAUUCUCCCACCACCAAUCCUGCCACCCAUUCCACCAGCACCCAAUCCUCCUUAUAUGCCCCCAAUUCCGGAACCUAACUUCGGAGAAUUCAUGCCAGAUCACGGGCAUAACCAUGAUGAUUGGAUGGGGCACCACCAUGAAGGUCAUUCCUGGGAAGUGGACUUUGACUAUGAUUUUAACUGGGAGCCCGAUUGGCACGGUUCGCAUGAGUAUUUCGAUUGA